AUGACAGAUUAACUAUUUGUCGGUUAAUUGUAGCAGAAAGUAGGAGAAUUGAAAACUGAGUAUGAUCUACAACGUAGUAUCAAAGAUAACACUAUCAAUGCCAAAAUAGUAUAUAUUAGGUUGAUCUAAUUAGUAACGUUCCAGAGAUAAGAUAUGUGAAAUCCUUAGAAGAGUUUAAGGAAAAAGACCAAAGAUUUAAACUGAAGAAAGUGAAGAAUCAUUAGAUGGCAACAUUCCUGAAGAGAAAAAACCUUAUUAAAGCAAAUAUAAUGAAGAAGUUUUGUAAAGGAGACAUUACAUAUUCUAAUUCAAAAUGUAUUUACGUAGAAAAAGGUAUGAUUUUAUUCAUUUUACUAAAGAGAACGACUAUAGAGAGAAUAAGAAUUCAAACUACUUAAAUUAUUGGACUAACAGACAGAGGCACUUUAAAAAUGGGUCACCAAAGAUCCAAAUGAUUUAGAAAUGUUUGAUUUCUUUUAUACUCAAAUAGAUCCUCAUCGUAAAGGAUAGGUACAUCAUUUAUAGAUUAAAAACUUUAUGUAUGAUAACCCAUUAAUAAUGACACUCUUUUAAUUUGAUAGACAAUCACUCUAAAUGGCAUUAGACUCUUUCCCUGUUAAAGAGAGAUUUCAUUUAAAACAAGAUGAAUUCAUUUAAUUUUUGUAAAAAUAUUAGAAGGUUAAACCAGAAAAAGGAUUUAGAGAAUAUGUUCAUUUAUUUGAUCCAAUUCAUAAAUAAGUCAAUUUAUUUGAGAAUAGUCCUCGUAUCUUAUUAUUGCAAGACAUAUCAAAUAUAAAAGAAGCCUUUGAUUCUGUAAGUGAGAAUGGUUUGGCUACUGUUGAUAAUGCAAUUAAAGCAAUUCGUUAAAAUUGUGAAUUGUUUGUAUAUGCUGUUCAUGUUGUUAUUUUUGGUUUGAAUUUACUAUUGGAAAGUGUAUUAUAAUAAAUAGAAAUUGGAUACUUGAAUAAUCCUGAUGAAUAAUUAUCAUGGAAUUAGUUUAUGUAUUUUCUUGAUAAUCUUCCAAAUGAUCAAGAGGAAGAACCAUAACCAUAAGAGUAGGAACACUCUGUUUAAUCUGAAUCAUCUGAUGAUUAUUUCUAUUAGAUGACUGCAAAGUAAGAGAUUCCUCCACCUCCAGAACCUGAAAAGAAGAAAGUAAGGAAACGAUCAAUUCCUAGAAAACCAUUUCAAGAGAUUAAUGUGGAAAAGAUGUAAUUUACUGUACCUAAGAAGACUGGAUAAGAGAAGAGAGAUGUUAAUAAGUAGCCUAGUAUAAGGGAAAAAUGGGUAAUGGAAUAAGUUAGAUAAAAAUAAGAGGAAAUAGAGGAAGCUUAUAAAUUUAGACCAUUUAAGGCAAAAGCAAUACCAUAUAAGGUGAAGGAUAAGAAUUAUUAUAAUGAAUUGUUGGAAAGAGAAGAGAUAAGAAGAAGAGAGUUAAAAGAAAGAUGCAAAGAAAAGACUUAAUAAAUGCAAAAACCAUUUAAUUUUGAGGAUAGAAAAAGAGAAUUACCUAUUAAAUUAUCUGAAGAAGAUGAAGAACCAUAUAAAUUUAGAGCAAAUCCUAUUCCUUGGUAUUGUUCAUUGAAAUUAUAUGAACGUAAUAUUCAAGAGUAGAAAAUUAGAAGUGAGAAUAGAAAGAAGAUUAGAAAGUUUUGGUUAUAAGAGAAUUCGAAAUUGCCACCUCGUAUGUAAGAAUGGAUUGAGAAGAUGAAAUUGCAAGAAUAAGAGAAAUAAUAAGAAUUAUUGUUAAGAUCUCAUCAUGAUUCUCCUAGAAAAGUCAGAGCUAAAUCUAUUCCUAAUUUUAAUAAAUUACAUGAUCAAUUCUAAAAGUAAUUGGAAUAAAAAAAAAAGAAAUAAAAAUCAACUAUUCCAAUUGGACCUACAUUUCAUGAAAGUAAAAAGAGAGCUCAAAGAGAUUAUUUGAAUGAGAAAUCAGUAUAAAAAGAAGAUCCAUUGAAAAAAGCAAAGAAAGCAACUUCAAAGAAACCUAAAAUUUAACCUAGAUCAACAGAUAAAUUUAAUGCAUAUGUGGAUUAUAUAUUUACAAUGAAAUAGAAUCAACUUGCUUUAGAUUAAUAAAAUGAAGAGGAAUAAAAAUAGAGAGAGGAUAAAAAAUAGUUAUUUAGACCAAGAGUUCAUUAAUCUUGGGCAAUUUAAGAUCAUAAUUAAGUUUAAUAUGAAAGAUAAUAAUAAAAAUUUAUUGAAUAAUAUUAAAAGAGAAGAUAAGAAGAGGAAGAUUUUAAUAAUAUGAUGAAAGAAAUCUUUGUUAGAGUAUAUUAGAGACCUUUAUUGAUGGAAGUGGAAGCAGCUAAAAGUCAAUAAUAACCUUAGGAAGAAUAAGAAUAAUAAGAAUAAUUUGAUUAUAUGAAUCCUAUUGGUGAAUAGGAAGUUGAAGAGUCAGAGAGAAUAUCUUAAUAAGAUCCAGAAGGAGUAGAUUAAGUAGGAGAAUAAGCAGAAUAAUCUUUGAGAGAAUAUGAUGGAUAGGAAAUAGAUGGUGAUUAUGAUGAUUAAAUUGAUAUUGAUAAUUUAGAUCCUAAGUUACUUGAAAAACUAUAAAAAGAUGCAAUAGGUAUAUAUAUAUAUAUAUUUAUAUUAUAGCUAAAUAAUAUGGAUUGACAGAAGAAUAAAUGGAAUAAAUAUAAUAAAUGGGAGGUUUUGAAGCAGUUUAAAAUAUGGAAUAUGAGGAUGAGGAUGAUGAAGAUUAAGAUGAUUAAGAAGAAUUAUAAAAUCCUCAUUAUAAAAGACAUUCAUUUUGA